CAACUUUCUCUGUUCUUUAUGUAUUGUGUCAUAACAUGAAUCACAAUAAUACUUCUGGAGAAUCAACCUCGUGGUUUGAGGCUAGGGCCAGAUAACGGACAGAGCCCGAUGAACAGUACUUCAUCAGAAUCCUCCUCAGGCUCGCGAGAUGUUCUUCGAGGGGCGGGUACCUUAGUACAAUGGUCUCCAGGUCAUGGUCGCCGACGGAGGUCUCAACUGCAAACACCAUCACGUCCGGCAAAUCCGAGUUUCGUUUUCCCACAAACCCAUCUCUCACGUAGGCCGGGUCCAACCCAUCAACGGACAAUGGAACAACAACCAUCCUGGCGCGAGACCAACUCAGCUGUCAGUUCUGAGGAUGUUACGCCUCUAUCUGUAAAUUGGCCACAACCCUCUUCGCCAUUCGAUGAUCCGGUAAGUAGUGAACCAUGGGGCUCAGCUCAAGAUUCAACUAUCCGGCCUCAACGAGCCUUUCCCCUGGCUUGUAAGAAAAAGCAGUUGUCGUCAUCAAAUGAUUCAAACGAUGCCUUGCAUAAGAAGUUAUCACAAACAGCUGGAUCAAGUAUCAACUUCAGCAGGCCACUCAACUUAUCAAUUCCGAAAGUCCAUACAAAUCCGGAUGCUCGCACGCCCAUGCAACCAGAGCAUUUUAACAACUCCUUAGAGAGAGACCGGACACUUUCAUCAGAGUCCGACGAAUUUCGAUCCAAAGAGAAGGCCGAGAAGGGCCAGAACCAGUCAGCAGAUCUGAUACCUGGAACCCGACAGAGAUCAAGUUGUGUACUGCUCAAUCGGAGGAAGUCCAAAUACACUAUCGAGAAGGAGAAGGUUGUUCGAGCACAGGGGAAAAAGAGAUUACGGUGGACCCGCAAUGUGUUCAUGAUCUUCAUUUUAAUCGCCAACAGUGUUUGUAUUGCCAUCAGUUGGACGUAUCCAGAGUAUUGGUAUGUCUUCGUGCCUGUCAUCUUGCUCGGAAAUGCCUUGAGCUCUCUUAUGGUGCUUAACUUAAUACGGUGGUAUGUCUGGGGCCGAAUUCUACGGUUAUUCGCCAAAACACCGCCACCUCUGCCCACACAUAUUCCUACAACUAUUGGUAUGGUCUUGGCUUGUUACUGCGAAUCCUACCAAGACCUCAUGGAUACGCUUAAAAGCCUCAAUGCACAAGAGAAGGUAGAACAUCAUAGAAAGAUGUUCAUUAUUAUCUGCGAUGGACAGGUGAAAGGAAAGGGUAUGGCAAAGUCGACUGAUCGGAUCCUAGUCGAAGACAUUUUAAAGCCUGAGAAAGAACAUUGGUUUCCAGUGGGAUAUGAAUCCUGGGAUGGAGCCAUUAAUGGAAUCUACGCCUCUGCCGGUAUCUGGGAAGGAACACCAUACGUUCUUCUAGUCAAGAAGCGAAAUCUAGGAAAGCGAGAUGGUUUGAUCCUCGUUCGCACUCUACUUUACAAGUAUAGAUUUCGGCACGAGAAUCCAGAGACUAUAAUGGGAGAUGACUUCUUCCGAUGGUUCUGCGAAUUUUCAGAGGACUGCGCGUUUGAGAAUUUUGCAUGGUUGGUCGGCGUCGACGCUGAUACUACUUUCAACUCGACGUGCAUGUACGAGAUGCACAAAGAGUGCUUGAAAGACCCAAAUCUAGUUGGUUGUUCUGGCCUCAUCCAAGUCGGAUUUCGAACUGGACAAUGGAAUCUCUGGAACAUCUAUCAAAACACAGAAUAUAUCCGUGCCCAAUGCCUCCGUCGGUGGCAUCAGGCUCAUGGGACAGGGAAAGUCUCCUGUCUACCGGGGGCCUGUCAAAUCAUCAAGAUCUGCGAUGAGACCUGUAGCGAUGCGAUACUCAUAGAGUUGUUCGGACACAUCCCAGAUCCGAAGGCGAACAUGAUUCACCAAGUCCGCGCUCUCGCAGGAGAAGAUCGGAAUUACAUCUGCCUGAUAUUUUUCCGGUUUCCAAAGUCUCAGACGACAAUGUCACUCAAAGCGAUUGCAUAUACAGAUCCGCCCAACGGCUUCAUGGUCUUCCUUUCGCAGCGCAAACGCUGGACGCUCAGCACGUGCGCCAACGACUUGUUGAUUACGAUGAAGAACGAGAUGAACUGGUUUGAGAGGCUCUGCUCUCUGGCUGAUGUCCUCGUCUGGGUCCUCAGCAUUUUCGUUAUGCAGACCUUGGUUCUGUUCAUCAAAGCAUGCAUCGCUGUCGAGGAUCCUACAUUCAUUGUGUGUUUUGCCAUCGUCACGAUGAUUCCAUUGGCGUAUGGUAUCUUCGUCGCGUACUGGGGCUGCGAAACAAAUCGGUUGCGUCUGCAGUAUCUUUUGGGUCUUUUAAUAUUGGUACUUAUAGGACAGGUCGUAACUCCGAUCGUGAUUUGUUAUGCGGCUUGGCAUAUGGAUGAUUUUAGUUGGGGAAAGACGAGAGAGAUAGAGGCAUCGGAUGAUCCCGACAAUAAACCAGCACAUUCAUAAUCAAAAGUUAUAAAAGUAUGUUAGUUAAAAGUACAAAUAUG